AUCGGUAUCGAAGUAAGUUGUUUUCUGCAAAAGUUAGUGACGAAGCCGGCAAAAUGCCACGAAAAUCUCAGUCGCAAAGCCAGUCAUCCAGCCUAGAAAGCCAGUCCAGCCCUCCCGAUUCGCAAGCGACGCAGGCCAAUACACAUCUCGUAAAUCAAGUAGUCAAGGCAAUUCUUAAUUUGUCGUGCAAUAAGGCGAUAAUGAAACGCGCAGACAUAAUAAAACUGGCCCUGAAGGGAAAUGGGCGUAUGUUUGGUAAACUAUUCAACGAAGUAAACAAUGCCCUAAAAGAGGUGUACGGAUACGAGCUGAUUGAGGUGGAUAAGAACAAAAAUUUGAUUCUCUGUUCCACCAUAGCCCCCGCUUCGAUGUUCGACUUGAACGAAAACUAUCGAAAAAGCUACACGUUCCUUUAUCUCAUUCUGGGUUACAUUUUCAUGAAAAGCGGUUCCGUACCCGAAAUGCUUCUCUGGGAAUUUCUACAGAAGGUUGGUAUCGUUCGGGGCGAAGACCAUCCUUACUACGGUGAACCGCAAAAACUAUUCGAUACAUUCCUGAAGCAGGCCUAUUUGGCGCGGACAAAACAAACCAUAGAGUCCUUCAACGACGAUUUCAUAUGUAUUACCUGGGGUGUUCGCGCUCAGCAUGAGGUUUCCAAGAAGCAAGUCUUGGAAUCAUUGUGCACAACGAUGAAUCGAAAUCCUAUGGAUUUCAAAUCGCAGUACAUCGAAGCGGAGGGUCUGGUCUCUCCACCUCCCCCCGAAAACACUACUUUUAGUGAAUACAAUGGGGGGAGUGAUUUUGUUGAGGCCAGCGUAGUAGAAAAUAACGUUGACAUUUUCAAAGAUACCGCACAAAUUUUUGAAGAGAAUGAAGCUGAAGGCAAUGAAAACCAAUAA